AUGAGACGUUUAUUUCCACAGGCGCCGACUUUAUUCGACCUUUUUUAUCAUACUUUAGAAAUGGCGUGCCAGUAGUUCGCGACUCUUUUUUCCAGUCCGAUCUCGUUGGGAUAGAAGGAAAGGCAAGGAGUGGAGGGAUUCCUCAGUUAAGCAAAGAAGUAUGAACGUCAUGCAGUUCUGCUAGAAAGAUUUUGAAUCUGGCGCUAUCUUUUAUUGAUGGAAGAGGAUAACAUUAUUGAGCUGUUACAACGCUAUCGUCGUGACCGUCGUGUUCUUCUUAGUUAUAUCCUUUCAGGAAGCUUGAUAAAGAAAGUUGUACUUCCACCUGGUGCAAUUUCCUUGGAUGAUAUUGAUAUAGAUCAAGUCAGCGUUGAUUAUGUUCUGAGCUGCACUAAGAAAGGUGAAACACUUGACCUUUCAGAAGCAAUUAGACUUUAUCAUGACAGUCUGGACUAUCCAGCAACAAGUAGUGCUGGACCCGAGAAAGAUUUCUUUUUGGUUACAAAUCCUGAAUCAUCUGGUUCUCCACCAAGUCGGGCUCCUCCGCCUGCUCCAGUUGCAACACCAUCACAAAUUGUAGCAAACUUGCCGAGAUCAGAGUCAUUUGAAACUCCACAGGAUCAGGAUCACGAAUUAACUGUAGAUGAUAUUGAGGACUUUGAGGAUGAUGAAGAAGAAGUUGGUAGUCUCAGGGGUUCCAGACAACAACCAACUGAUGCUGCUGAUCUUUCACUUAGGUUGCCUUUGUUUGGCACAGGUAUUAAUGAUGAUGAUCUUCGAGAAACUGCCUACGAAAUUCUUGUAGCUUCUGCUGGUGCAUCAGGGGGUCUCAUUGUACCAUCAAAGGAAAAGAAGAAAGUUAGGAAAUCUACAUUGAUGAGGAAGCUCCGUCAUAGCAAGAAUGAAGAUGUUACAUCCACAACUCCACGUGCUACGGGUUUAGUAGGUCUAUUAGAGACAAUGCGGGCCCAGUUGGAGAUUUCAGAAUCCAUGGAUAUUAGAACAAGACAAGGAUUACUUAACGCUCUUGUUGGUAAAGUUGGAAAAAGAAUGGAUCACCUCUUGAUUCCACUGGAAUUGUUAUGUUGCAUAUCAAGAACAGAAUUUUCUGACAAGAAAGCUUUUCUCCGGUGGCAGAAAAGGCAGCUGAAUAUAUUAGAAGAAGGUCUCAUAAACCACCCAGUGGUUGGAUAUAGAGAUUCAGGGCACAAGGGCAAUGAGUUUAGGAAUCUUCUCAGAAAAAUUGAAGAAGCCGAGUUACUUCAACCAGCUGCUGCUGAAGUUCAGCGUGUAGAAUGUCUAAGAUCGCUCAGGGAAAUUGCUACCUCACAUGCAGAGAGACCAGCUAGGGGUGAUUUAACUGGAGAAGUAUGCCACUGGGCUGAUGGCUAUCCCCUUAAUGUUAGACUGUAUGAGAAAAUGCUCUCUAGUGUUUUUGACAUCUUGGACGAGGGAAAACUUACAGAGGAGGUAGAGGAAAUUCUUGAAUUUUUGAAGAGUACUUGGCGAACUUUAGGUAUUACAGAGACGAUCCAUGAAACAUGUUAUGCAUGGGUUUUGUUUCGUCAGUUUGCUCUUACAGGUGAGCAAAAACUCCUGCAACUUGUCAUUCAGCACUUGAGGAAAAUACCUCUGAAGGAGCAACGUGGUCCACAAGAAAGGCUACACUUGAAAAGUCUUUGUUGUUCAAUUGAAAGCGAAAAUGGGUGGGGAGACUUAACAUUUUUCAAUUCUUUCUUAUUGCCAAUAAAGAAAUGGGUUGAUAAGAAGCUUAGUGACUACCAUCUGCAAUUUUCAGAGGGAGCAUCCACAAUGGCAGAGAUAUUAACAGUCGCCAUGCUUACUCGCAGGAUCUUACUUGAAGAAAAUGAACAAGUUACAGACUUGUUGGAUCAAGACCAGAUUGAGACAUACAUCUCUUCUUCCAUUAAAACUGCCUUUGCAAGAAUCACACAUGCUGCUGAAGUUCGAGCUGAUACGGGGCAUGAGCAUGUUUUGGCAUAUCUUGGAGAUGAAUCAAAAAAGCUAUUAAAGAAAGAUUCAACCAUAUUUAUGUCUAUAUUUACAAAAUGGUAUUCAAAGGCAGCAGUUAUUUCUGCUUCCUUACUUCACAAAUUUUAUGGAAAUAAGUUGAAACCAUUCCUUGAUCGUGCAGAGCAUCUUACAGAGGAUGUUGUAACUGUUUUUCCUGUAGCUGAAAGUCUUGAACAAUAUGUCUUGUCAGUAAUUUCAUCUUCAUUUGGAGAAGAUCAAUUGGAUGAUUAUUGUAGGAAAAACUUAUCUCUGUAUCAGGUUGAAAAGAUAUCUGGUACUUUGGUUUUGCGCUGGAUCAACGUGCAGCUAGACAGAAUUGUGGGAUGGGUCAAGCGGGCUGUUCAACAAGAGGAUUGGGAGCCCAUAUCACCUCAGCAGCGACAUGGAAGUUCCAUUGUUGAAGUCUACAGAAUAAUUGAAGAAACAGUUGAUCAAUUUUUUGCUCUUAAUGUACCAAUGGACGUUGGAGAACUGAACAGCCUUUGCCGUGGUCUAGACAAUACAUUUCUAGUUUAUACACAAGGAGUAAUCGAAAAGCUAGUUAAUAAAGAGGAUCUAAUACCACCUGAACCUAUUCUUACUCGGUACAAGAAAGAAAGUGGAAUCAAGGCAUUUGUAAAGAAAGAAGUAGCAGAAAUUAGAGUGGUGGAAGAUAAAAAAUCAAGUCAAAUAAGUUCACUGACAACUGUAAAACUGUGUGUACGAUUGAAUACUCUACAUUAUGCCAUUACUCAAUUAAAUAAACUGGAAGACAGCAUUUAUGAUCGUUGGACAAGGAAGAAGCAAGAAAAUUUUAGCAUUAGACAUCCAAUGAGUGAUAAGUCCAGAAGCUUCAACUCGAAUCAGAAGAAUGCAUUUGAUAGAAGUAGAAAGGAAAUUAAUGCAGCUAUUGACAAGAUAUGUGAAUUUUCAGGAACAAAGGUCAUUUUCUGGGACUUGAGGGAGCCAUAUAUUAUCAAUCUUUACAAGAAUUCCGUUUCUCAAGCUAGGCUGGAGGCACUCAUUGAUGCUUUUGAUUCAGUUUUGAAUCAGCUUUGUGAUGUUAUUGUUGAGCCACUUAGGGAUCGGGUUGUCACAGGGCUCCUUCAAGCGUCACUGGAUGGUUUGUUGCGGAUAAUACUUGAUGGAGGGCCUUCACGUGUAUUCUUCUUAAGUGAUGCCAAGUUAAUUGAAGAUGAUCUUGAAAUCCUAAAGGAAUUUUUUAUAUCUGGUGGUGAUGGAUUACCUAGAGGAACUGUUGAAAAUCUUGUGGCACGCAUUCGACCUGUAAUAAGUUUGCUUGGCUAUGAGACACGUGUUUUGAUUGAUGACUUGAGAGAUGUCACUCAAGGAGGCAGAAGCAAAUUUGGAGCAGAUACCAAAACUCUUUUGAGGAUCUUGUGUCACAGAAGUGAUUCUGAAGCAUCUCAGUUCCUUAAGAAGCAGUUCAAAAUACCCAAGUCAUCUAGCUGAGGCAUUGUUUGUGAUAUUUUGUCAUCAUCUUGUUGUAAAAAUUGACGAAACCUUAUUUAUGCCUUUUGUUAUAUUGUAUGAACAGACUGACUCAUUUAUUUAGUGACCAUCUAUUUCUGUUUUGGAAGUA